AUGGGUGGCGACCUGAAUCUCAAAAAAUCAUGGCACCCUGUGCUCAUGAGCAACCAGAAGAAAGUCUGGGAGGAGGAGAAAAAGGCACUGGAGGAGCGCAAGAAGAUCGACCAGAUUAUGAAAGAGCGCGCCGAAGAGAGAGCGAUCCAAGAAUUGGAAGACCUGCAAGAGGCCGCUGGUGGGAAGAAGAGACAAUCUCGUGUUGAUUGGAUGUACAAUGGACCCUCGAGCGGCCAGGCAGGCACCACCGAGGAAAUGGAGGGCUACUUAUUGGGAAAGAGGCGGAUAGACGGCUUGCUAAAGGGCACAGACAACCGAAAAUUGGAAAAGUCCGCAAAGGAGGAUUCGUUCAUGGCGGUGCAGAGCGCCAACACUGCCAGAGAUACGGCGGCAAAGAUCAGAGAAGACCCUAUGCUAGCGAUCAAGAAGCAGGAACAGGCUGCAUAUGAGGCCAUGAUGAAUGACCCGGUCAAGCGGAGGCUUUUGCUAAAGGCGGCGGGCAGGGAAGAUGAUGAUCGGGAACUCGCCGUGAUGGGUCUGAAGGACAUGAAAAGUCCCGUUCACACCGAGACAACGAUGAGGACAGGCAUGGAAGAAGUAGACACCGGCACCGCAGAUCAUACACCCCUUCCGAGUCUCGGUCUCGCUCCAGAUCUCCUCCACGGAAGCCUGCGAGGUCGCGGUCUCGCUCCCCAUAUCGCAGAAGACGCUCAUAUUCCCCCGAAGAACGAAGACGACCACGAUCACGCUCCCGAUCAACUUCACCACCUCGGAGAAAUGGGCACAGCAACGGAGUUCGGAAAAUGCAAAGUUGGCACUCUUCAAGGCCUGAGCCAGCAAGGCACCGAAGCCCACGCCGGGAAGAGAAACGAGCAGAUAGCCGCGAACAAGAUAGAGCUGCAAGACUAG